CUCCGGUUAGUUUUAAAGAAGAGAAGCAGGUCUGACACCAUGAACCAGGUGGAUUCUGUCCAGCAGCAGCGGACUGACAGUGUGUGUCUGGAGGACAAAGUGCGGAUGAAACGCCUCCAUGAGCCGCAGGACGUUGUUCUGAAGCAAACCGCUGUGUUGCCUACAGAUGUCCAGAAGGUGUUGGUGAUUAAAGAGGAAGUUCCCCAUGAAUGGAGUGUCACUCUGGACCAGGAGAACCCAGAGCUUCUCCACAUAAUGGAGGAACAGGAGGAACUGUGGACCAGUCAGGAGGAAACUGAUAUCAGCAGGUUUCCAUUCACUGCUGUUUGUGUGAAAAGUGAAGAUGGUGAAGAGAAACCUCAGCCCUCAAAGGCAGAGCCUCCAACCAGCAGCUCAGCUAAACAGAUGAAAUUAGAAGCUGAUGGAGAGGACUGUGGAGCCGGGAACCCAGAUACAAAUAAUAAUUUAGCACCAAAUACUGAUGGGAAGGCUUCAGACUGGACUGAAAUUGAAGUCAGUAUUGAUGAUUAUGCUGAGGAGGAUGAUGAUGAAGACGAAGAUGAGUGGCAGGAACCGUUGUCAGACUCUGGUCCUGAAAUUGAAGACAGGAACAAUGAUUGGAAGGACACCAGGGUGCCUGAACCAGCUGCAAAUAGUGAUGUUGGAUGUAACACUGAGAAAAAACCCUUUAGCUGCUCUGAGUGUGAUAAACAAUUUGUCUAUAAGCAGUCUCUUCAGAGACACAUGGCAUGUCAUACAGAAAAAAUGUUUUCCAGCUUUUCAGUUAAUGAGAAAUAUUUUGGAGUGAAACAAAAUGUAAACUCACAGAUGAGAGUCCUCCAACGAGAGAAACUAUUUGGCUGUAAUGAAUGCGGUAAAAGAUUUCGAUAUCAUUGCGAACUUAAGUUGCACAUGACAGAGCACACAGGAGAAAAACCGUUCGGCUGCAAUGAAUGUGGGAGAAGAUUUAUAGAAAAUGGAUCUUUGAAGAAACACAUGACCAUUCACACAGGAGAGAAACGAUUUGGCUGUGAUGUUUGUGGUAAAAGAUUUAGCCAACAAGGAACUCUGAAGACACACAUGACAGUUCAUACAGGAGAGAAACCAUACAGCUGUUAUGUUUGUGGCAAAAAUUUCAGCCGUCAGUGGGACCUGAAAGCGCACAUGACGGCCCACAUGGAAGAGAAACCAUUUCGCUGUGAUGACUGUGGGAAGAGAUUUUUAGAUCAGAAGAAUCUGAAGAGACAUGUGACAGUUCACACAGGAGAGAAACCAUUUGGAUGCGACACUUGUGGUAAAAGAUUUAGAUUUCCACAUGAUCUUCAAGUACACACUCGAGUCCACACAGGAGAAAAACCCUUUGUUUGCGGUGAUUGUGGAGAAACAUUUAGCCAACAGGGAACUUUGCUGAGACACAUGACUGUCCACUCAGGAGAAAGACCGUUUGGUUGUGAUGACUGCGGUAAACGAUUUACCCGAAAGGCGCAUCUUAAAAGACACAUGGCAGUUCACACGACUUAAUUUAAUAAAAAAUUAUAUUAAUGAUCUCUCUUUUGAAUAUUUAAUUCACGAGAGCGAGAUUGCUCCACAUGUGUGUGCACUAUUCCACUUCUACUCGACCAUAUGGUAGAGCACAUUUUGACUCACUAUGUCAUAUAGAAAAAUGUUGUUUUACUUAAUUCCACCUGUUUCAACCGUCUCUACCAGUCGGUUGAGAAUAGCAUGCAGAGCAAAUUAGUGUCCUCACAGAAAGUACACAAGAGAUGUCACUCCUGACAUGAGGCCUCUGUUUGCUGUAAUUUUCAAAGAUAAGCUUUUUUUUUUUUUUUUUUUGGCAUAUCGUGUCAAAUGACUUACUGAACAUAACUGUGUAACUUGGAACAAAAAAAGAAAGACUGAAAAGGGUCUAAGAAUUCUUUUUAAACAUCCUCUACCAAGCGGUUCAUUUGGCCCUUUAUGGUAAAGGUAGUGAAGCUAAGCAAAUGUAGUUAAAAUUGACUGUUUACUUCAAAAUAAAUAGAAAACGUCUGACGAUGUUCAUAUGCUAAAUUAUGAUCUAUCAUUAUCAAUGCUGAAGUAAGUUUAGAAGUUGUCUAAAAACAUGCUUGACUGAAUGGUUCAGUUGUCCUUCAGUAGUAAAAGUGGUGAUGCAAAGAUAAUAUGUUUACAAUUUUUGUGAAACAAAAACACCAUUACUCCUGAUUUAAUACGAUUUCAUCAUGGAAUAUUUGUAGCAGUAUGGCAUGUCACCAUUUUCUUUCUUUCUUUUUUGCAAAUAAUGGAUGGCUGCAACAACAUUUUAUGGUGCUUGGUAGCGCACGUCUCUGGACCUUAUACCAAGAAAUCCUCAAGACUCUGAUGCUGACCUACCUGGCGAUGAGGAAUUCUGUAUAUAGGAUCCUGAUUAUCAGCCCACACAAGCAGCAGAGACUGGGGACUCUUCCUUUGAAUUUAUGGAUGAGGUGGAAGUUGCUUCAACAAACACAUUUACCAAACCAACGUUCCAUAAGAAGAGGAGAAGAGGGAAAAAUGUCCUCCAAACCCUUUCCUUGGCAGAGCUGGAGGACAGCCCUGACACUAUUUUGCUCAUUGAAAGUUAUGUAUGCAUAGAAAUGUCUUUUAUUUCAGUUAAAUGCAUAAAAACCUAUGCACAUUCUUGAAAAUGCACUUUUGCCAUGAAGAGAUAUCUCAACCGUUUGGUAGAGGCUAAUAUUUAAAAAACUGUGGGGUCUGUUCAUAAAAAACAACAUUGAUUGUUGUUAUUAGUGCCCCAUGGAAAUAAAAAAUAUCAUGAC